AUGGAGACCGUAGUGUUGAUUGUGGGUGCUGGACCGGCCGGUUUGGCAACAUCGGUUUGUUUAAACCAACACUCAAUCCCAAACGUGAUCCUCGAGAAAGAAGACAUCUAUGCAUCACUUUGGAAGAAACGAGCUUACGAUCGUCUCAAGCUUCACCUAGCCAAAAACUUUUGCCAGCUACCUUACAUGCCUCACGGUCCCGAUGUUCCAACCUUUAUGUCCAAAGAUCUUUUCAUCAAAUACCUUGACGCUUAUGUCACCCAUUUUGACAUAAACCCUAGAUACAACCGAACCGUGAAGUUCUCAACGUUUGAGGUGUCCAAUGACAAGUGGAGGGUAGAGGCAGAAAACAAUGUAACAGGAGAAACCGAGGUGUAUUGGUCAGAUUUUCUGGUGGUUGCUACAGGAGAGAACGGAGAUGGGAAUAUUCCGGCCAGACAUGUAUUGACCAAGGAAGAGGUAUACGUAGGAAUGUCACUGUUGAAGUACUGUUCGGUGACAAUGGUUGACGCAUUGGUGAUGAUGAUGGCUUCAACAAGAUUAUUUAUGUACGGAGAUCUCUCCAAGUACGGGCUCUUCCGACCAAAACAAGGUCCUUUCGCCACUAAACUCUUUACUGGAAAAGCUCCUGUCAUCGAUGUUGGAACUAUCAAAAAGAUUCUCGAAGGCGAGAUUCAGGUUAUUAAUGGAGGCAUUAGAAGCAUCCAAGGGAAGACUUUGACGUUUGAAAAUGGACUGAAACAAGACUUCGAUGCAAUUGUGUUUGCGACUGGUUACAAAAGCUCUGUCUGCAAUUGGUUAAAGAACUACGAGUACAUGAUGAAGGAAGAUGGUUUCCCCAAAAAACCAAUGCCGAAGCAUUGGAAAGGAGAAAAGAAUCUAUAUUGUGCUGGAUUUUCUAGGAAGGGAAUUGCCGGAGCCGCCCAAGAUGCUAUGUAUGUUGCCGAAGACAUCAGAUCCAUCUUGGCAACUACCAAAUAUUGA